AAGAGAAACAACAACAACAGCAGCGGCAGCAGAAACCUUCCGGCUCGGCGACGGUUAGUUGACGAGAAGGACAGCGGGGCGGUUUAACGAGCACUUGUUCGGUCUCACAAAGUCCCGGGCGGGUUCUGUACGGGUCCACGCAGUCGCACGUGUUUACAUUUACUAACAAAAUGUCGAUAUUCGGUAAGUUAUUCGGCAGCGGGGGUAAGGGUGGGAAGGGGCCGACAGCCCAGGAGGCUAUCCAGAAACUCAGAGAAACCGAGGAGAUGUUGGCCAAAAAACAGGACUUUCUCGAGAAGAAAAUCGACCAGGAGCUCAUGACGGCGAAGAAGAACGGCACGAAAAACAAACGAGCGGCUCUACAGGCCUUGAAGAGGAAAAAGCGCUACGAGAAGCAGCUGGCUCAGAUCGACGGUACGCUGUCCACCAUCGAGUUCCAGAGGGAGGCGCUCGAGAACGCCAACACCAACACCGAAGUGCUGAAGAACAUGGGCUACGCUGCAAAGGCCAUGAAGGCUGCGCACGAAAACAUGGACAUCGACAAAGUAGACGAUCUGAUGGCAGAAAUCACAGAACAGCAGGAAGUGGCUCAAGAAAUCUCAGAUGUAAUUUCCAGACCGGUCGGGUUUGGAGAGGAUUACGACGAGGACGAGCUCAUGGCCGAGCUGGAGGAGCUGGAACAGGAAGAGUUGGACAAAGAUCUUCUGGGAAUCGAAGGAGCAGACGACGUUCCUCUGCCCAGCGUGCCGUCUACAUCACUACCAUCGAGACCAGCCAAGGAGAAGAAGGAGGAGGACGAAGACGACAUGGCCGACCUCGAGGCCUGGGCGGCUAACUAAGCUAGCUGGCCCUGCUAGCUUAGCCAGUGCCCCUCACCUGUCUGUCUCUGUGCUACCAGGCUGGUCCCAGACAUCUGGAGGAGAGACGGGGACUCUGGGCUGCUGAGCUGGCUGCCGGCUUGCUGCUCCGUCACAGAGCGGCGGUCUCAAUAUCUUAACCAUGCCCCCAACCUUAAAGUAUGCACUUGUGUCCACAUAGUCACUGACUUGAAAUGAAACGAGCCCAGGCUUCUCUCCUCUGAUUAAUGUUACAGUACGAAUCUCUUUCGCUCCAGCUGUGCACUGCUCUGUUUUCUACUGAAGGGCACCGAGCAAACGUCCUCCCCGACCAGCCUGCGGUUAUGAUGUAAACACAAGUUCUGUUUCUUGGGGAUGAAGAGUGCAUGAACGUGCACUUUUGGUCAGAAGCGUGCAAGUGCAUACUUCUAGGAAAGAGCGUGUGUGUGUGUGUGUGUGUGUGUGUGUGUGUGUGUGUGUGUGUGUGUGUGUGUGUGUGUGUGUGUGUGUGGCGGGGGAACAGGACGAGGCUUGUUUCUGGGAGGAAUGUGAAGAAUCAACAAAUGUGUGAGGAUUUAAAAAUGAAUAACAAAAAAAAAAAGGCAAACACAGAAGGACGACAUGACUCAGCCAUUUUUUUCUGCUUCCUGCGUCGUCAUCUCUCUGCUCUUCUUCAGCGAUGGCGACGACUCAUCGUCUGCAACGUCUCUGCUAAAUUUCAACAGCAGCAAAAUAAAGAACAGGAUGAGAAUGUAGGACUUCCUCACUGAAAUAUCACUGUCAAACUACAAGACGACGGGAUGUUACGGCAGCGGAAACAUCUUGUAAGGAGGAUUUGAUUCCUCCAUCAUCAGUCGGUCACGUGGACUCAAUAUGUAACACUAAUGCUGCCAAAACAGGCUUCGCAGCUUCAUUUAUUUGCAUUCUCCGAUCCUAAAGCAGACACGGCGGCCUCAAGCGCAGAAUUCUGUUAUAGAAUUUGCUGAAUGAAACAUUUAACAACCAGACAAGAGAAGAGAAAGAUCCUUUCUUCUGCGUUUAUUCUUCAGGGAUUGAAAGUUAGCAGUUAGCUCGCAGGCUUUAUCUCCAAACCAAGGUGUGUUGAAGCUAACGACACAAUGCUAACUUCUCCUUGACAGCUGAUCUUAGUGGUUCCCGCCCGUUUUUUUGUUUUGCGUUUUGUUCAUUUGAAGGUGUUUGGAGCAGUGAAGGUAUUCAGUAUUUCACAAAAUGGCAAAGAAAUAAGAAAAAAGGAAAUACAGUUCUUCUUUUUAUAUCCUCUUCAGAUCACCUUUAGCUGUUGAAAUAUCUCUCUACAUCCGUCUGGAAGUUGGGAACCACAGCUCAGUUAAGUCUGGUAAUCAGGUAGCUGUGUGUUGUUUACCUGUGGACGGAGUUUCAGCUCAUAGUUGAUGAGCCAGAACUGCAAGAACAAGCUCUCACCUGCAGAAGCCGCAGGCUCAUUCUCGGUUAGCGAGUCAGUGCAGCUCCUCUCAAGUCGCCCCGUCGGUCGGGUUAGAGGUGACGGGUAUGAAAGGCUGAUGUUUCGUCCCUCAGAGCGACGGAGUGAUUCCUCCUCACAGGAGAGAACGUGCAGGCUGCUGCUGAGAAACCAGCAAAGAGAAACUGCUUGAAAGAUUAUCACAUCUUCAUCCCAGUAAAUAUUUAUAUAUACAUGCAAAAAUCAUUGUUUUUUUGGAGCUUGACUCACACCAGGUACGAAGGCCCAUUAAAUAGAUUCAUGAUUCUUCAUACAGGUACAACUUCUAGCUAACAUCUAGUGGUUUCUAAUCAUCUGGUUUGACAUGAUUAGACUGUUUUAUAUCAAGUGCUCUUGAUGAGAAACUGAAAAAAAAGCUGCAAACUAAACUAAUCCCACUGGUUGUAUUUGUGUAAACGUGGUUGAAAAUCCUUUAACAAGACUGUGAUUAUUAUCCAGCUGACAUCUAAAUACAGACAUUUGAUGGACACGUAGAGACGAGAGCUACUUGUGACACAUCGCAGGAGUAGAGUUGAAGGUAACGACACCUGCAGCGCCUCGUCUGUCUGCGGUUUAACAGUGAUAUUUACUCUGAGACGCUCCUACAUCUGUUGAGUUCAGAGGUAAUGUGUGUGAUGAGUGUGUGUGUGUGUGUGUGUGAGAUGUUUUUCAGCCUUUUGACACAGUGACCUCUUAAUGAAUAUUUAGUCGAGCUGAGACGAGCUGGAAUACUUUAAUUUGCUCUGAGAGAGACGUGUUGGUUUCAUGUUGAUCUUCACUGUAAAAAAAACCAAACAGCUGCAGCAACACUUCCCUCCUUCUGUCAGCUGACACAUUUAUGCAUGGACGGACUCGGGUCGAUCCAGAAUCGGAACCACAUGAUGAAGACCGACUUCAACAUGAUCAAAUUAAAUGAGAUUUAGAUUUGACUUUUUUUUUUUUUUAUUUUGCUCAUUUUUGUAAUUAAAAAAACAUCAUCUUAUUCAUGAGUGGGUCGACCCCAGUCCUGAUAUUUACAGACAAGCUAUUGAAAAAAAAAAA